CUCCGUUUGACUCGGUAACUCUGUCCAAGGCAAGGGCCUCUGUUCAACGAUGCCUUCCCACCUGCUGUGUAUGGCACUGCUGGGCCUUUGGUCCUGCGCUCCGGUAUUCACAGCGGGCAUCUACUACCCAAAGACGCUUCCAUGUGACGUUAUCGAGAUCAACAACGGGAGUGAGGUGAAAGUGGAUUGCACCGAAAGAAGCCUCAAAGCUGUCCCCCGGGGCAUUCCAGGAGAUACCACCAAUCUGACGCUUACCAUCAACCACAUUCCUCAGCUGAACUCCACCUCCUUCUACGGCUUGGAGAACCUGACUGAGAUCGACAUGAGGUGCAACUGCGUGCCCAUCAAAAUCGGCCCCAAGGAUCAUAUGUGCACUCAAAGUGUGACGAUUGCAGAAAACACCUUCACCAACCUGAGGAAUCUGCGAGCGCUGUACCUGGACGGCAAUCAGCUUGAGAGUAUCCCUACAGGACUGCCUCCAGAUCUGAUCCUGCUGAGUCUGGAAGUGAAUCACAUUUACAGGCUUUCUGUAGCAAACCUGUCUGCGGUCAGAAAUGUUGAGGUGCUUUAUCUUGGCCAAAACUGCUAUUUCCGUAACCCCUGCAAUGAGUCCUAUGUUAUAGAGAAUGGCACAUUCUCACAAUUUAGCAAUUUAAAAGUGCUUUCCUUGAAGGCAAAUAACUUGUCCUUUAUUCCAUCCCAACUACCAACGACCUUGAAGGAGUUGUAUCUCUACAACAACAACAUUCAUAUGGUCACUGAGGAGGAUUUCAAAAACCUAACCAACCUUGAGAUUCUGGAUAUAAGUGGAAACUGUCCUCGAUGUUACAACGCCCCCUUUCCCUGCACCCCAUGCCCGGACAACGCACCACUUAAAAUCAGCAAGAUGGCUUUCCAAACAUUGACCAAACUCAACACGCUGCGCCUCCAUAGUAACUCCCUGACACACGUGAUGUCCGAAUGGUUCGCUCACAUGAAAGAGCUCAGAGUUCUUGAUUUGUCGUCAAACUUUCUAGCACGUGAGAUCGGAGUUGCUCAAUUCCCAAUAAAACUGGGUAAACUAGAAGAACUGGACCUCUCGUUCAACUACGAGCUUCAGAGGUAUCCUCAGACUCUGAGGCUGAGCUGCAGUUUCUCCAAUCUCAGUUCGCUAAAAAUCCUCAGGCUGAAGGGUUUCGUGUUUCAGCAGCUGAGCCCAGACAGCAUUGCUCCACUGAAACAUCUGAAAAACCUCGAGGUUGUCGAUCUGGGUACAAACUUCAUUAAGAUAGCAAACCUCAGCCUUCUGAUGGAAUUAAAAAGCUUUAAAAUCAUCAGUCUGUCGGACAACAAAAUAUCUUCUCCCUCUGAUGGGCAGGAAGCCGUUGGAUUCUCUGGAGGAGAGCCUUUCAACUGGUCUCCCAUGUCAGCUGAAGCUCACUACCAAUAUAAUGAGGCCAGAGAGAUCCACUACUUCAGAUAUGAUGAAUAUGCACGCAGCUGUAAAUAUAAAGACAAGGAGCUUGGACAGAUUACAUCCUUCGUCAAUGCCAACUGUAGUCAGUUUGGCAAAACCCUCGAUGUGAGCCGAAACAACAUAUUCUUCUUGCACUCAAAAUAUCUCAAUCUAACAGAGCUGAGAUGUCUCAAUCUGUCUGGAAAUGCAAUGAGCCAAAGUUUAAACGGAUCUGAAUUCAUCCAUCUGACUAAUUUACAGUACUUAGACUUUUCCCUGAAUCGCCUCGACCUGCUCUACUCCACCGCAUUUCAAGAGCUAGUCAGCCUGGUCAUCUUGGAUCUAAGUAACAACAACCACUAUUUUGAAUCGGAGGGUGUGACUCACAUGCUAAACUUUACCAAGAACCUGAAAAACCUAAAAAUACUGCUCAUGAACCACAACAAGAUCUCUACUUCCACAAACACUGAGCUUGAGAGCGACUCGUUAGAGCGACUAGAGUUCAGAGACAACCGCUUAGACAUUUUGUGGAGAGAUGGGGACACCAGAUACGUCAACUAUUUUAAGAAAUUAUACAAUCUUGUAGUCCUUGACAUCUCUAAAAACAACCUUCGCGAUAUCCAGGCGCAAGUGUUCCCUGGACUACCAGACAAGCUUUGUGAACUCUACCUGAAAAACAACAAACUGAACAGCUUUAGAUGGGAGAAUUUACAAUACCUUUAUUCUCUGCAGGUCUUAGAUCUCAGUGGGAACAGCUUAACCACCGUGCCGCCCAUUCUGUCAAACUGCACCAAAUCUCUCAAGAAGCUAAUUUUGCGUCAUAACCGAAUCCUAAAACUCACACCAGAUUUCCUGAAAAAUGCCUACAGUUUAAAGUAUUUGGAUCUUAGUUCUAAUGAAAUAGCGCAUGUUGAAGAGUCCAGCUUUCCAGAUGACGUUAUUAAUCAGAUGGACAUGUUACUUCUUCACAAAAACAGAUUCCUAUGCACCUGCAAUGCCACCUGGUUUGUCAACUGGCUCAACAGGACCAACGUGACCAUCCCCAAACUGGGCACAGACGUUACCUGUGCCAAUCCAGGGGCACAAAGAGGUCAUCCCGUCAUCUCAGUAGACCUGUCGGCCUGCCAGUACAACUACCUGUCUAUUAUUCUAUUCAUCCUGGUGACCUCCGUCAUCCUCUCUCUCCUUACCCUGUCCAUCUCCAGCCAUCUCUUUCUGUGGGACGUCUGGUACAUCUACCACUUCCUCUGGGCCAAGGUCAAAGGCUAUCGGCGCCUGGGCUCCUCGAGCAUGGUCUAUGACGCCUUUGUCAUCUAUGACAAGGACGAUCCCGCCGUGUCGGAGUGGGUGACGAAGGAAAUGUGCGUUCAACUGGAGCGCCGCGGGGACCGCCACUUCACGCUGUGUCUGGAAGAGAGAGACUGGAUCCCGGGGUGUCCCCUGAUCGACAACCUGUCCCAGAGCAUCCACAGGAGCAAGAGGACGGUCUUCAUUCUCACCCAGAAAUACAUGAAGGGGGGAAACUUCAAGACGGCCUUCUACAUAGCUCACCAACGGCUCAUGGACGAGAAAGACGACGUCAUUGUGUUGAUUUUCUUGGAGAAAAUCCCGUGCAAUUCAAAGUACCUGAGACUGAGGAAGAGGCUGUACAAGCAGUCUGUGCUGGAGUGGCCCUCCAAUCCUCAGGCCCAGCCGUACUUCUGGUUCAGCCUGAGGGGUGUGCUUUCAACUGAAGGUCACAAACAAUACAACAACCUCUUCAAAGAGACGCUGUAAACAGAACAACAGACGGAAGCAUUUAAAACCUUGACUCACUUCAGUUUGAAUGUACUUCUUUAAAUGAAAGACAGCAUGUGAAAAUCACACUGUUUAAAUGUAAUCACAACCAAUCAGGAUGUAAUGUUUUUCAUUAACUGUACAACAGCCGUGUGUGUUCUGCUAACUGCUAUUAAGGAACUAUUUAGCACUGUACAUUUUCAUCUUGUGUGAACUACCAAUGAAACCGCUGACUUCUCUGAAAAAGGGAAAUGAAAGAGACACACUUCUUGAAUUCACAUGCCAGUUCUUCCCCACAAACGGUCUUGUUGUGUCCCCUCCUGUGUCUAUUAUUUAAUGUUAAAAUUCAGCAGCACGGGGGUUUUUAGAGUUUGUGGCGGCAAUAGAGAAAGGGUGAGAAAUAAGAUACUUUUACUUCUCUUACACUGCUGAUUGGCACGCAAAGUACUGUUUCUGAUUUUCUAGUCAAAUCUUAACGGAAAUUUUUCAAAAUCCCAGAUUCGAGCAUUACCUGUUUUCAAGGUUGUCCUUUGACGAUCACACAGGAUCAGUAAUACAUGCACCAUGGUAAGUUUUAAGAACACAAGUUCUCUCUAUUUGUAAAAUAAGUCAUAUAGAAAGCAGAAGAUUUUUACGGUUGGUGUUUAUUUUCAUCGACUUGACUGAAAAAAUUUGCAGGAUUACGUUGUUGAGCAGGAGUGUUCGUGUGUAUAUUUAUGUUAUAUAAUACUUCAUGCUUCAUUGUCUUGUACAGUCAAGAUUUUUUGCUGUAGAAUUUCUCUGCAUUUAUAUGAAUCCAAAGAGUCGGGAUGUUCAUAUAACUCAUUACAAGUCGUUUGAUGUGUUUUGAAUGACGCACAGUCCAUUAAAGUUUAAAACGUUG